AAUUCAAAUAUCGAUGUCAAUAUCGAAAAAAUCGAUACUUCGUUUAUUUCCUAGGCAAGUCCUAUUACCUAGUCCUAAUCCUGAACCACAGACCAGUGAAGAAAUAGUCUAAACUUGAGUGUGGCAAGAGUUGGACGUGAUUAUCGAUUUAAUUUUAUCUCAUAUUAAAAAUAAAAAAUUAGGAAAAUUAUGAAAAUAAUUCAAGAAAUAAAUUUGUUAUAAGAUAUGUUGAAGGCGAUUAUGAAUUCAACAUUUAUUUGAGCAGGUUUUCAUUUAUUUGUCCUCAAAGCUACUAUGGCUUCGUCAUUAUUAAGUUAUGAGACCCUAGUUCAUGCAUUGGCAGGUGCUACGGGAAGUGUUGUUGGAAUGACUGCAUUUUAUCCAUUAGACACAUUACGGUCCAGGAUACAAGUUGAAGACUCCAUUAAACUGCAUGGAACACCGCUAGAAAUACUGAUAAAACUUGCAAAUGAAGAAGGCUUUGAAUCCUUGUAUCGUGGAUUAUGUCCUGUUUUACAAUCUCUCUCUGUGUCAAACUUCGUUUACUUUUACACUUUCCAUGCAUUACGAAGAGCUGCUUCCAGUGGCAGUUCAGCUAUAAGGGACCUAAUGUUUGGUAUGCUAGCUGGUACUGUGAAUGUAUUACUUACAUCACCUCUUUGGGUAGUUAACACUAGAAUAAAGAUGAAGAAAAAUUCAUAUUCAAACUUAUUUGAUGGACUCUUUGAUGUGUUCCAAAAGGAGGGUGUGAAAGGUUUAUGGUCUGGUACUGUGCCAUCACUACUGUUGGUAUCAAAUCCUGCUAUCCAGUUUAUGGUUUAUGAAGCAUUGAAGAGAAAAUUGACAUCUAUAGGACAGUUUGAUACUUACACUGCAUUUUUUGUAGGAGCUAUAGCUAAAGCAAUUGCAACCACAUUAACAUACCCAUUACAGUUGGUUCAAUCCAGACUUAGAGCUGGUACUAGCUUAAAACCAAUUUUCAUUGCUUUGAAGUCAAGACCUUUAACACUUUUCCGUGGUUUAGAAGCAAAGUUGCUGCAAACUGUUCUGACUGCAGCAUUGAUGUUUUUAAUCUAUGAAAAAGUUGUCCGCUUGGUUUUGACUAUAAUGAGAAUAAAGUUAACAAAGCAUUCAUAAAUGUAUAUUCCAGAAGUUACUUUGUAAUCCGUUUAAGAAAAGUUUUAUUUACUAUGACUACUUUGUUAAAAUCAUUUUAAUUAUAAUAUUUUAGAACUCUUGAAGGUGAUUGUUAUAGAAUUAAUUGAUAAAUAUCCUCAUAUCUAAGUUCAAAAGAUAAAAAUAUGAUGAAUGGGCCAGUGGUACAUAAUAUAAGAAUUAUUACACAUUAAUAUAACAUUCUGUAUUUUCAUCCAAUUAUUCAAAGAGUUAAGUUAAUAAGUAUUUAAACUGUAAAGUUGAUGAUCUUUUUAUUUUACAGUAAUGGAAAUUCAAAUCAUGUUAUCUCUAUUUAUUUAUUGUCUACCUGUGAUAAAAGCCAAAUAAAUGACAAAUUCAAUAUUUUAUGUUACAUGUUAAGUUAUUUAUAAAUUACAAUAUUGUUGUUAAAAGUUCCAUGUAGUGUAACUAACAUUGUUAAAUACACCCUAUGCAUACGCUUUUCAAAUAAGUAUAUUUGAAAAUAUUCCCAGUAGUUUCACAAAAUAACUUGUGUUAAGUCAUUUCAAACAGUUCUGGGUCAUUUUUAGAUUGUCAGUUACAUGGAUAGGAUGAUCAACAAAAAUAAAAUGGGAUGUGGUGGGGUAAGGAAAUGGUGACAGUGGUGUUGUAUAAUAACAAAGUAGUGAUCUGCAGUUGUUAAAGAAAAUUACUUUAAUUAAAUAAACAAAAGUUUAUUAGCUAAUCUUAUUUA